UGAUAAUAAUUGAAGUCGAUUGGUUUUAGGUAGGAGUACCGAAAUUGAACGAAUAAAAUAAGGAAGGAAGACUGAAUUAUUGGAGCUGAGGAAGGAGAAGAAAUAUCCCGUUUGAUAUUUUCACGGAAGAAAGGGAGGAGCUGUUGAUAUUGAGAUGAGAAGCAAGGAAUGAUAAGAGAGAGAGAGAGAGAGAGGGCCACAAAAAGAAAAAGAGGGCGACUCUUUUGUAGCGAGGAAAUCAGAGAGAAAGCCAGAAAGGAAAAGAAAGCUUCUACUGUAGCCAUCAAUUGGAAGGGUGCAGAUGAGGGAGUAGAGCUUCACUACUACUGUCUCUUGCCUAUUUUUUGCACUUUUCUUUUUUGUGGUUCUUGUUGUUGCGAUAAUGCCAUCUGUUACUCCCUUUCUGAUGGAUUUCGUUCCGCUCAAGUCUCAACUAUAAAGUUGGAAGAGUAGAUCCUGGAGCCGACAGAUCUGGGUCCUGAAAUUAGUAAGGGGCUCGAGAUUUGUAAGAGUAACAAUGGAAGCGAGUGCAGGGUUAGUGGCAGGCUCUCACAACCGGAAUGAACUCGUGGUCAUCCGCCGUGACGGUGAAUCUGCCCCAAGGCCGUUGCAGCAGUUAAGUGGACAAAUAUGCCAGAUAUGCGGAGACGACGUGGGACUAACUGUGGACGGAGAGCUGUUCGUGGCCUGCAACGAGUGUGCCUUUCCCAUCUGCAGAACUUGCUACGAGUACGAGCGCAGAGAAGGAAACCAACUCUGCCCUCAGUGCAAAACCAGAUUCAAGCGUCUCAAGGGGUGUGCUAGAGUGCAGGGGGACGAAGAGGAAGAUGGCAUCGAUGACCUGGAGAAUGAAUUCAAUUUCGAUGCAAGGACUAAACAGGAUAUGCACCAUGCUCUUGCUGCCGACGCAAUGCUUCACUAUGGCCGUGCCUCCGACUCCAAUCUCCCUCAUGUCCUUCAUUCUACGCCCCAAGUUCCUCUCCUUACUAACGGUCAAAUGGUUGAUGAUAUUCCUCCUGAGCAACAUGCUUUGGUCCCUUCAUUCAUGGGGGGUGCCGGUGGAGGCAAAAGGAUCCACCCCCUUCCUCUCUCAGAUCCCGCCCUUCCAGUGCAACCCAGAUCCAUGGAUCCUUCCAAAGACUUGGCCGCUUAUGGCUACGGCAGUGUCGCUUGGAAGGAAAGAAUGGAGAACUGGAAGCAGAAACAAGACAAGCUGCAGAUGAUGAAGAAGGAUAAUUCUGGCAAAGAUUGGGACUAUGAUGGAGAUGGCCCAGAUCUACCACUCAUGGAUGAGGCAAGACAACCACUUUCUAGAAAGUUGCCUAUUCCAUCAAGCCGAAUCAACCCUUACCGGAUGAUCAUCAUAAUUCGACUCGUGGUUCUCGGAUUCUUCUUCCAUUAUCGAGUCAUGCAUCCCGUACAGGAUGCAUUUGCAUUGUGGCUUAUAUCUGUAAUAUGUGAGAUCUGGUUUGCAAUUUCAUGGAUUCUUGAUCAAUUCCCGAAGUGGCUCCCUAUUGACAGGGAAACUUAUCUCGACAGGUUGUCCCUGAGGUAUGAGAAGGAAGGCCAACCUUCUCAACUUUGUCCAGUUGACAUAUUUGUGAGUACUGUUGAUCCGUUGAAAGAACCUCCUCUGGUGACUGCAAACACGGUUCUUUCCAUCCUUGCAGUGGACUACCCUGUUGACAAGGUUUCAUGUUAUGUUUCUGAUGAUGGUGCUGCUAUGCUGACAUUCGAGGCACUGUCUGAAACAUCUGAGUUUGCAAAGAAGUGGGUCCCUUUCUGUAAGAAGUUCAACAUUGAGCCACGAGCCCCUGAAUUUUAUUUUGCUCAAAAGAUGGAUUACCUCAAAGAUAAGGUGCUGCCAUCAUUUGUGAAGGAGCGGAGAGCAAUGAAGAGAGAGUAUGAAGAGUUUAAAGUUCGGAUCAACGCUUUGGUUGCUAAGGCCCAAAAGGUCCCAGAAGAAGGUUGGACAAUGCAGGAUGGGACUCCAUGGCCUGGGAAUAAUGUCAGGGAUCAUCCUGGGAUGAUUCAGGUUUUUCUUGGCCAAAGUGGAGGGCAUGACACGGACGGAAAUGAAUUACCACGCCUGGUGUAUGUUUCUAGAGAAAAGCGACCUGGGUUUAAUCACCACAAAAAGGCUGGAGCAAUGAAUGCAUUGGUUAGAGUCUCUGCUGUGCUGACAAAUGCUGCUUUUCUGUUGAACUUGGAUUGCGAUCACUAUAUCAAUAAUAGUAAGGCUCUUAGGGAGUCAAUGUGUUUCAUGAUGGAUCCGCUGCUUGGAAAAAGGGUGUGCUAUGUCCAGUUCCCGCAGAGGUUUGAUGGUAUUGACAAGCAUGACCGAUACGCCAACCGCAACACCGUAUUCUUUGAUAUUAACAUGAAAGGUUUGGAUGGCAUCCAAGGACCUAUAUAUGUUGGGACUGGAUGUGUCUUCAGAAGGCAGGCAUUCUACGGUUAUGCUGCUCCUAAAGCAAAGAAACCACCAACCAGGACUUGUAACUGUUUGCCGAAGUGGUGCUGUUGUGGCUGCUGUUGUUCUGGAAAGAGGAAGAAGAAGACUAACAAACCUAAAUCUGAGAUAAAGAAGAGAAAUUCUAGGAAAGGAGACGUGGGAGCAUCUGCACCUGUGUGCUCUUUGGAGGGUAUUGAAGAGGGGAUUGAAGGAGUCGAAGGUGAAAAUUAUACUAUGAUGUCUGAGCUGAAGUUAGAAAAGAAGUUUGGACAAUCUUCUGUUUUUGUUGCGUCUACUCUGCUAGAGGACGGAGGGACACUGAAAAGUGCUAGCCCAGCAUCCCUGCUUAAAGAAGCCAUCCAUGUCAUUAGCUGUGGCUAUGAAGAUAAAACUGAAUGGGGAAAAGAGGUUGGCUGGAUCUAUGGGUCGGUUACAGAAGAUAUACUGACAGGUUUUAAAAUGCACUGCCUUGGAUGGCGAUCAAUAUAUUGUAUCCCUGACAGGCCUGCAUUUAAAGGAUCUGCUCCCAUUAAUCUGUCUGAUCGUCUGCAUCAAGUCCUUAGGUGGGCCCUUGGUUCUGUUGAAAUUUUUUUGAGCAGGCACUGUCCUCUCUGGUAUGGAUAUGGAGGAGGCCUGAAGUGGUUAGAGCGCCUGUCUUAUAUAAAUGCUACUAUAUAUCCAUGGACUUCAAUUCCUCUGCUUGCCUAUUGUACCCUACCUGCUGUGUGCUUGCUCACGGGAAAAUUCAUCACUCCUGAGCUGAGCAAUGUUGCUAGCUUGUGGUUUCUGUCUCUUUUCAUUUGUAUCUUUGCGACAAGUAUACUGGAAAUGAGAUGGAGUGGAGUUGGGAUCGAUGAAUGGUGGAGAAAUGAGCAGUUUUGGGUGAUUGGAGGGGUUUCAGCACAUUUAUUUGCUGUGUUCCAGGGGUUGUUAAAGGUUUUAGCCGGUGUUGAUACGAACUUCACUGUGACAUCAAAAGCAGGGGAUGACGAAGAUUUCUCAGAGCUUUACGCGUUUAAGUGGACCACUUUGCUCAUCCCACCAACAACACUGCUAAUAAUAAACCUCAUUGGUGUGGUCGCCGGAGUGUCCAACGCAAUAAAUAAUGGGUAUGAGUCAUGGGGGCCUCUGUUUGGUAAACUCUUCUUCGCCUUCUGGGUGAUUGUUCACCUCUAUCCUUUCCUAAAGGGUCUGCUGGGCAGGCAGAACAGGACUCCCACAAUUAUUAUUGUUUGGUCAAUUUUGCUUGCUUCCAUCUUCUCCCUUUUGUGGGUUCGAAUUGAUCCAUUCUUGGCCAAGUCAAAUGGUCCGGUUCUAGAAGAAUGCGGGUUGGACUGUAACUAGCAGCGCAUUCGCUCCUUGGGCUAGUAGGGUCGGGUGAUAGAUGAUAGAAUAUUUAUCUUUUGAUUGAUGAUACAACCAAGAAAUAUGUUUGGUGUGAUGGGGUCUGCCAACUGUAGAUUAAUUGCGUGUGAUGGGCGUGGAUGCCUCUUUUCAACUCCUCGUUCCUUCGCUUUGGUGGAGGGAAAUUCCAAACAUGAGCUGGCUGCUGUUUGUAAGCUUUUGUCGGUGGGGGGAGACUGUUGGGAGCAGCUGCAACAGUGCUCUCUUUCAUUCUUUAUCAGCAUGAUUGAUACAUACGGGGAAGAGGAGGUAGGUGAUUCACACUGCCGCUGCUGUGUAAUAUUUAUUGUUACGGGUCUCUCUCUCUCUCUCUCUCUCUCUAUUUGAUUCGCAAUAAAAGUGGCUGUGUCCUGCUGCUUGUAACUGCAGAGGCAAACUUCUGGGACAUACUAAAGUGCUGGGGCUAAUUGUUUGCCCUUUAUGUUGCCAUUGCCACUAAAUGUAGCUGUCUUAUUGUUCGAAAGGGUAUAAGAAAAACUGAAAAAAGUUUCAUUUGGGUUCAA